AUGGAAAUUGCCUUCUUACAGACGGAAACACCCAUUAAUGCUUAUCAAACAUUCGACUGGUCCUCGAUUUGUCCAGUUUCUCACGUGGGUCGUUAUUACUGUCCUCAAAUCAGAACCUACCGACUCAUGACAGUACUUCGCCGAGUCACUCGAUGGGUGACAUCACGCGUCGUACUCCUUAUGCUCAUCAAGCAAGCGAUAGCUGUUAACUCGACUACCGAAUCGACUACCGUAAUCACUACCAGAGAACUAGCUGCUGACCACGUCUUAGAGCAAUCUGUACAACUCAAACAUGUGGAAGCGUCCGGCAGCGAUGACGUCAUCACAGGUGACAUCACGUCGUUGGCCGUCCUUUCGCAUAUGGAACCACUAAAGACUAACAUAAGGAAGAGAGCUGCUGAUUACUAUAAUGGUGUCGUUGGAGCGCAGUUCUAUGCACCGUUCAAUAUUAGUAGCCCAAGAUUUCCACCGGGUGCUGUGAUCGGUUUAAGUCGUCCUCUUCAACGUGGAAAUAGUCCACCUCAUGUGGAAUUUGUAGCGCAGUGGUAG